UGUGUUCUGAAAAUAUUUGUUUCGAUAUUAGUGAACACAUGGACCGGAAUUUUGUAGAAUUUUAACCUAGAAUUUAGAAUGACGAACGAUCAAUGCUUUUAUGUUCACUCUGUCAUUUGUAAAUCUCAAUUGACACGAUUAACCUGGAACGUUAUCGACUGAACGCGAAGAAUCGAAACGAAACUGUCAUUUAAACGAAAAAUAAAUAUCGUAUGGCAAAGUACUGCUACGUUCAGAAUAUUUUACACUGAAUAAUUUCAGCGUCAUAUAUCUGCCAUGUGAGUUUAUACUUUAAUAUAUCGUCCAUUUCUGUAUACGCGCUGUAGAAAUGUACAUAGCUUUAAAUUUUCCGAUUUUAUUUUUGCUUUGUUUGUCCCUCGUAGUAUGUACGUAUAUAAAAGAGGAUACAACAAAAAUAUGUCCGAUUAAUCGAUUUAUUCAGGUCAGUAAACAACGAUUUGAUCGAUCGAGCGAGUGAUCAAUCUUUUGUAUUGUAAUACCAAGUAUGUAAUUUAACUAAACGAAAUUAAAAAUGCACGUCGAAGAUAUUUAAGAAGAAAAUACAUCUUUUGAUAGAGAUUAUAGAAGAAGUUGCUAACUAAAGCACAUUUACGAUAUAUAUAAACAUAAGUAUUUAGACGUGUAAAUAAGUAUCAUAAGAAAGAAAAUUAAAUAAAAUUAAUUUUAUAUCAUUCGCAGAACAGAUGCCUACAUGGGCUGUACAUGGUAAUGAAUUGUUUGAUCGAUAGCUGCGUGCACAAGGAGCUUAACAAAUUUCUUAAUCCAAGCGUCCAAAACAAAGAGGGUACUUUAUCCUAUCCACACGAAACAAGGUUUUCAACGUUUUCAUCGUUCUUUGUAGUUGGAAAUAGAAGAUUAUGCCACCGAAACGGAAAAAAGAUGCCAAGAAAAUAUCCAUCGAACCGCCACCAACAAUCGAGCCGGAUAUGCUGGAAGUAAUCGAACCGGAAGAACCAUCGAAGCCACUAAUAUCAGCAGUCACUGGACAACCAUUCGGUCCUCGAGUCCGUUACAUCAGCGAAAAACAGGAGGAAGAAAGUACAGAUGACGAACCUGAAUCAGAAAGUGACGAUGAAUUAAGAUACGUGCAGGAUGAAGCUCCGGAAGUGCCAUCAGAGUUUUGGCACAUACAGAAGCUUAUCAGAUACAUGAAAGCGGGUAAUCAAACCGCAACUAUGGUGGCUGUUUGUCUUUUAAAAGAUUAUGAUCUGACCAAUAGGAUUAUACAAAAGGCGAUUCGAGAGAUGGGAGGUCUGGAGAUUCUGGUGAAUCUACUCGAAACGAGAGAUUUAAAAUGCCAGAAUGGCUCCCUGUCGGUUUUACUCCAGAUCGUGUCAUCUAUAGAAAUGCGACGGCACCUAAUCGAUCUUGGUAUUGUAACACCGUUGAUUCAAAUGUUAAAGCAUCCAGCUAGAGACAUUCAAGUUUUAGCUGCAGAAACUAUGGCUAUUGUUGCACGAAUUAGGAAAGCAAGGAAACAAAUACGAAUUCGAGGAGGCAUACCUCUCAUUUUAGAUGUGAUGGACGUGCCAGAUUCUAUUCUUCGAACAUCGUACAAUGAGUUGAACGAAACUAACAAGGAAUUAGUUGCGGUUGCCAUAGGCUGUGCUAAAGUUUUAGAUUCUCUGAGCAGUAGUCCGAAAGUGAGAGACGUACUUCACAAGUUUGGUGUGGUGAAGCUCAUGGAACGUUUCCUGAAAUCACAUCACACUUCUCUUGUAGUACCGAUGAUGGGAGCUGUUCAACAAUGUGCAAUUAAGAACGUAUUUCGCAAAGCGUUCGAGACCACAGAUAUUAUCUGUGACGUUGUACGACACCUGCAAAGUGACAAUAUUAAGUUGAAAGAAAAUUGCGCUCUGGCGAUAUUCAAAUGUGGAACAAACAAAAUUGCCAGGGACAUGGUUCGCCAGACAUCUGGUCUGGAUAUAUUGUGCAAGCUUUUACAAUGCGAAGAAGUCCGGGCUAAUAAACAAUUGUUAGCUGCAGUCACAGGCGGAAUAUGGAAAUGUGCCAUAAGUCCAGAGAACGUAAUAAGAUUCAAUCAAAAUGGUUUGGUCGCUGCUUUAGUGCCAUUUUUAGAAGAACACGAAGAUGAUGACGUGCAGGCGAAUGUUGUAGGAGCACUGGCGGAAUGUUGUAAAGAUCCUGCUAACAGAGAUGUUCUGAGGAUCAACGAUGGUUUGCCAAAUCUGAUCAAAUUAUUAAGCUCUACGUACGAGCCUUUAUUGGAGAACAUACCAUUGGUGAUAAAGGAGUGCGCGCAAAAUGAACAAUGCAUGGACAUCAUCAACGAUCCAGAGCACAUCAAUGAUGGUGUUCGACUGGUCUGGUCAUUGCUGAAACAUCCUAGUGACAUAAUCAAAAGAAACUCCUGCCUCGCAUUGGUAUCCUGUAUCAAAUAUGCCAAAGACUCUCCAGAAAUGGUACGGGCAUUUGUAGGUGGAUUGGAGCUUACAGUCAGUCUUCUUGAAAGUAGCAAUACUGAAGUACUGAGCGCAGUAUGUGCCACUAUUGCCGGAAUCGCUACGGACCCGGAAAAUUUGGGUAUUCUCAGCGAUCAUGGAGUAGUGGAGAAACUGGCGAAUCUUGUGUCCACGGAAAAUGAAGAUUUGCGUGCAAAUUUGACCUUAGCCAUAGCUCAUUGUUGCGAAUGGGGGGAGAAUAAUGCUAAAUUUGGUCGAUUGCACGCGGUUGCACCAUUAAUUGACUACAUGACUAGCAAAAAUACAAAUGUUCUUAGGGGAGUUUGCAUAGCCGCGUAUCAUUUGAGUAAAGAGCCCAUGAACUGCAUCACCAUGCACUCUGCCGGUGUUAUAAAGCAUGUGCUACGUUUGGUGGGAUCAGAUGACCCGGAAGUGCAAAUCGCCGCCGCCUGCACUAUUCGAAAUAUUAGGAAACUUGCACUAACAGCAGAAAAAUUACACUUCAAAGAGAUAAGUACACUAGAAGAAACAGAUUAUCAUUUGUAACAUAUCAGCGCUGCGAAUACUGUACAAAAAUCAAGUGCUCAUUUAAAGAAUAUGAAAUAAAAGAUAUCUUUAUUGAAUUGACCUAAAACACAUUUAUUGAGAUUUUAUCAACCAAUAAUAAAUCUGUAUACUUAAAUAUAAUUAUGUCUUCUUAAUUGAAUAAAAUGUAAUGGAAUAAUAAAUUAUUAGUGAAUAGGAGUCUCAGCAUA